AUGAUAUUUGAUUUGGCGGGUAAAACAUUAACAUCAGAUAAUACACUGUUUUUGAAUGAGGACACCGUGUUUGGAUUGGAAGAUGAAGAAGCACAACCUAUUGAUUUCGAUGAUGAAGAAGUUAUAAGUAACAUUACAAAAAAAAAAAUUUUAAUUAAAGCCCCCUUAGAUACAACCGGUAUUUUAGAAGAAGUCAAACAGAAUAUUUAUGAAGCACUAAUCUACUAUUGGAAUGAUCCAAGUGAUCUUGGUCUGGCGGCAGUUUUAUUAGAUCCACGUUACAAAGAUUUAGAUUUCCUAGAAGAUGACUCAGAAAAGCAACUAAUUAUUCAAAAGCUUCGUGAUGAAUUCAGUGAACUAGAGGAACACGUACCUGAAUUAUCCACAUGUCCAACUUUAUCUAAUACAGAACCUGCAACACGAUCACAUAAAGAGUACCUUCAACAACGUAAAUUGAAAAGGCAAAAAAAAGACAAGAUGGUGUCAGAACUACAAAAUCUUGAUGAAAUUUCCAAAUAUUUGUCAUUACCAUUAGCAUUAACAAUGCGCGUUUUUGCACCAGAAUGGGAAACUCAAGAGCAAAUAAUCAUUGAGUCCUUUUCUCCUAUUUCUCUAAAAGCAGUGAAUAAAAAUACAAAUAAUGAGCAAAACUCAGACUCUAUAGAAGUCAAUGCAGAUUGUAACUCAAAAGAAGAACCCUUCAAUAUUAUUACCUCAAAGAAAUCUAGAAAUAAGACAAAAAAGAAAGAUGAAGGUUAUCCUAAAUCAACUAGAUUACUAAGAAAAAGAGACCUCUUUUUUGAUAACAAAUGA